UGGCGGCCGCUGUGGUUUGAAUUCCAGCGGCGCCUCCUGACUCGGAACAAGAGCUGGGCCGGAGGGGGCGGGACCUGAGAGUCCGGGCGGGUCGCUGCAGCCGAGGAGCCGGCGGCGCCAGCGCCGCAGUCGUUGAUGCCUACGUCGCCUUUGCGUCCGCGAUGGACUCGGUUUUGGAAGAGGACGUCACCCUCCCCGGGACGCUCAGCGGCUGCAGUGGCCUGGUCUCCACUCUGCCAGAUAAUCUGAAUGGCAUCAGCAUCAGUGCUGGCUUGGGAAAUGGCGGGCUUCCAAAAGCAUCAGAGGAAAAGGUUUCUCCUACCCGAGCACGGAACAUGAAGGAUUUUGAAAAUCAAAUCACUGAACUGAAGAAAGAAAACUUUAACCUGAAGCUCCGUAUCUAUUUCCUUGAGGAAAGAAUGCAGCAGGAGUUUGAUGGCCCUACUGAACAGGUCUACAAAACUAACAUUGAGCUCAAGGUGGAAGUAGAAAGUCUGAAGCGGGAGCUCCACGAGAGAGAGAAACUGCUCAUCAAAGCCUCCAAAGCGGUGGAGAGUUUAGCGGAAGGGGGUGGCUCUGAGAUUCAGCGGGUGAAAGAAGACGCCCAGAAGAAGGUGCAGCAGGUAGAAGACCUCCUAACAAGAAGAAUCCGCCUUCUGGAAGGGGAUGUGAAAGCCGCCCAAGCAGAACUGGAGAAAGCCUUUGUGGGGACAGAAAUGGAGAAGGCUCUUCGGCUGAGUUUGGAAAGCCAGCUUGCAGCGAUGAAGAAGAUGCAGGAGGGGGACUUGGAGGUGGCUCUGGCCCUGGACGAGAAGGACAGGCUGAUUGAGGAGUUGAAGCUGUCUUUGAAGAGCAGAGAAGCUUUAAUUCAGCGCCUUAAAGAGGGGAAAUCUCAGAUGGCAUCUCCUGAUGAGAACGUGGCCUCUGGAGAGCUCGGAGGACUUUCUACUGCUCUGAAGGAAGCUAAGGAGAGAGACGAGGAUGAGGCCACACAAACGGAGCGCCAGAAGGAGAGAAAUCACUUUGAAGAGAGGAUCCAGGCACUUCAGGAGGACCUGAGAGAGAAAGAAAGAGAAAUUGCUACAGAGAAGAAAAAUAGUUUAAAGAGGGAUAAAGCUAUCCAGGGCUUAACCACGGCACUAAAAUCAAAGGAAAGAGCGGUUGAGGAACUUAACGCUGAAAUCAAAGAUCUCAACGCUGCCUUCGCAAAAGCCAAAGAAGCCUCCCAGAAAACCCAGACCCAGAAAUUCCAGGGGUCUGAAGAUCACCAGGCUGCUUUGGCGGAGAAGGAAGCCCUGUUGGCUGAGCUGCACUCGGAAAACCUCACCAAGAGCACUGAGAACCACAGGCUGCGGAGGAACAUGAAGAAGAUGAGCCAGGAGCUGGGCGAGCUGCAGCAGGAGAAGGCGAGGCUGGAGCAAGAGCUGGACGAAGCCCGGCGGGAGGGCAGCCGAGGAGCUCGAACUGCCAACGACCUUAGGAAUGAAGUUGAGAAAUUACGCAAUGAAGUGAAUGAAAGGGAGAAAGCAGUGGAGAAUCAUUACCAGAGUCUUUUGAGUGAAAGCAGCAGAAAGUUGCACAGUCAAGAGCAAGUCAUCAAACGUCUGAGAGAAAGCGCCAAUCAAAAGGACUUGAUGCUUCGGAAAUUCAGUGAAAAAGAUUUGGAAGCAAUACAGCAGAGUCAUCAUUUAAUGACCACGGAGGAUCUGGAGUUUGGGAGCGAAGCCUUAAUAACAGAAAAGUGCUCUUCUCAACAGUCACCAGGCAGCAAACUCAUCUUCUCUCAGGAAAAGCUGCAUUCAGACUAUGAAGAGUUGGUUGAGGUCUUAAAGAAGGAGCAGGACAUCUAUGCCCAUUUGGUGAAAUCUCUGCAGGACCCAAACAGUGUCAACAACCUGCAGGCUGAGUUAGGCCACAUUUUUGCCUUGCGGAAGCAGCUGGAGCAGGAUGUGCUCGCACAUCGGAAUUUGCAAAAGGCCCUGGAGGAACAGAUCAGCGAAAUUCGGAGACGAGAAGAGGAACCAUUUUCAUUUUAUAGCGAUCAAACAUCUUAUCUAAGUAUUUGCCUUGAAGAACCCGAUCGGUUUCAAGUGGAGCGUUUUUCUCAAGAAGAACUUAAGAGAAAGGUCAGUGACCUCAUACAGCUCGUGAAGGAAUUAUACACAGACAACCAGCACUUGAAGAAAACCAUUUUUGACAUCUCCUGCAUGGGUGUUCAGGGAAAUGGCAGACUUGAGUCCACACAACAGGCAGAGCUUCUGGCUAGCAAGGAGGACGAGGACAUGAUCAAAAUUGAAGAGGAUGGCGAGAACAAUUUCCAGAGUGACCAGCGAUUGCAGCAGAGUAAUGAGAUGAUAGAGGACCAUGCUAAAGGAGGCUGCAAAAAUGGAUAUUUAAGGCACACAGAUGCCAAUAUUUUAGACCAUGAUGGAGUCCCCAAGCCUGGCCACUGUGGAGACCAGCGCCUAGAAGAACUUCUGGGGCUGCUUACUCCUUUCUUCCAUGAGAAGGCCUCAUUGCUGCUGGAGUCCAGGCCAGACCUUCUGAAAGCUCUACAAGAACUGCUUCUGGGGCGGAUAUACCUGGCAGAGCAGGAAGCUUCUGGAGAACACGUUGAUGGUAAAACAGAGAAGAUGCUCAAGCAAAUUGCUGUUCAGCUGAGAAGAGAACUUGAGCAUUCUGUCCCAGCCAGCCCCUUUGCCAGGCCACAUGAUGGGCUGAAGUCCCCGUGGAGGGCCCAGCUAGUGAAGACAAGUGAAGUGGACAGGACGGAGAUGAAAAAUGUCUCUGUGCAGACCGUGGCUGUGGAGGAAGACCCUCUCAGGUUCACUUAUGAGGGGCAGAAGAAGGCUUGGGAAGACGUGGCGGCAGAUGCCACGUUCAGCUCUGAGCCCCAGCCAGAGAACUUGCGUGGGAUGCCAGGGAUGCAGACCACUCUCCUCUCCUUCCCCUGUGUGACCAACAAAGAGGCUAAGAAGUCCCGCCUGCCGAUCCUGAUGAAACCAGCCCAGUCAUUAGGGCAUGCAUAUCGUUUCCUUGCCACUCAGGAGGUGGUGGCCAAACUUCAGGGCCAGAUCAUGGAGCUUCAGGGUGAGCUGAAGGAGUGUAAAACACAUAAUAAGCAGCUUCAUCACAAGUUAAUUCUGGUGGAGGCCCUGAUGGAGGGGAAGCCAGCACCUGACCAAAUGCUGCUGAAUGUGCCUGCAGCUCAGCCCCUUGUGGAAGCAGCCUCCCAAGACAGCCCAGGCAAGCACGAAGGAACUAAAAGCUCACCCUCAGCCCAGAGAGACAAGGAGGCAGAUGAUGACCAGCACAACAACCUUGAGACCGAUUCUGAAAUUUAUUCACCUGAUGACCUGGCUGUGUUGCCAACACAUAAAGAGAACUCUGAAGAUUUUCUGGACCCAACUUCUGCAGCCACUUGCUUGGAUUCGAAGAGUCAGCUUUCCGUUAAAGUCAGUGUGUCUGAGUCUGAUCCAUCUGGGGACCUCGACAUUUCACAUGACACAGAAUACUUAAAACAGAAAAUCUGUGACUUGGAAACUGAGCUGGAGGGCUAUCGGAAUUUCCUGUUUCAGCUUCAAAAGCACUCCCAAUGCAGCGAGGCCAUUAUCACGGUUCUGUGUGGGACAGAAGGGGCCCAAGAUGGCUUGAACAAACCCAAGGGCAGUACUGAUGAAGAAGAGAUGACCUUUUCAAGUUUGCACCAAGUACGAUACGUGAAACACAUGAAAAUCCUCCGCCCACUCACCCCCGAGAUGAUUGAUAGCAGGAUGUUAGAAAGCCUCAGACAACAGCUGGUGAAGCAGGAGUAUGAGCUGCAGAAGGAGCAGAAUUUGAACUUGGAACUUUUCAGUGAAAUCCAUAACCUGCAGAAUAAGUUCCGAGAUCUUUCACCUGCCAGAUACGAUUCAUUAGUUCAGUCCCAAGCCAGGGAGCUCUCCCUUCAGCGGCAGCAGAUUAAGGAUAGCCAUGACAUCUGUGUCAUUUACCGUCAACACAUGAGCACCAUGAUCAAGGCGUUUGAGGAGCUGCUGCAGGCUAGCGACGUGGAUGCCUGUGUGGCCGAGGGCUUCCAGGAGCAGCUGAAUCAGUGCGCCGAGCUGCUGCAGCGGCUGGAGAAGCUUCUCCUCCACGGCAAAUCAGCUGGAGUGGAACUGGGUUCUCAGAAUGAACUGAUGGAGAGGACUGAGGAAGACAACUCAACCUACCAAGACAUUCUCCCCAAAUCUCCGGAGCCUCCCGCCUCUCAUAUAUUGUCUGAUGAUGAAAUGUCUGAGAAGUCUUUCCUCUCACGGGACCCAAAGCAAGACAGUGAGACCGAGAAGAUCUCAGCAGUGUCGAGCCGCUUUCCUCAAGACUUACUAAUGGAACACAUACAGGAAAUUCGAACUUUGAGGAAACGCCUAGAAGAAUCUAUUAAAACAAACGAGAAGCUACGGAAACAGCUGGAACGGCAGGGGUCUGAACUGGAACAAGGUCCCACAAACACUCUUACUCAUGGUUCUGAGCUGCACAGUUCUCUGAUAUCUGAGAUCCACUUCCUGAGGAAGCAAAACCAGGCCCUCAGUAUGAUGCUUGUGAAAGGAUCCAAAGAUAAACAGAAGGAGAAUGACAAAUUACGAGAGUCUCUCUCCAAAACGGCCGCGAGCCUUGAGCACCUUCAGCAGGAAUGUGCGGGAGUGAGGGAAGAAAACGAAAGGCUGUGGAAGGAUGUUGCUGAGAGGGAGAGUCACAACCAGCAACUGGCCCGGGAGCUGAGCAGGACACAGGAGGAGGUUAUGUCAAAGCAGCAGCUGCUCUCAGAGAAUGACAAGCUGCUGCAGUCCCUCCGAGUGGAGCUGAAGGUAUACCAGAAGCUGGAUGAAGAGCACAGGCAGCGGUGGCAAGAGGCCCAAGCUGAGCCGUCUGGAGAAGGCUGGAAGGGGCAGGAUCCUUUGAGAGACCUGCAUGGCCUCCUGACCGAGAUGCAGGCUCUGCGGGCCCAGCUGGAAAAGAGCAUUGAAACCAACAGCACCCUGCGGAGCAGGCUGGAGGAGCAGCUGGCACAGGGGGCGAACAAGGCCCAGGAAGGAGCCCUCAUUCCAGCCACGCAGGCCCUAUGCAUCCCCGAGUGGUCCCUUCAGCUGGACAAACAUGAUGGUGACAAAUGUCCCGUGCCAAGUGACAACUCAUUUGAUUCCACUCCGGCAGUGACAGUAAAAUCAGAGACUCCCCUGCUCUCUGGAAACGAUGUGGACUCCUUUUCCUGUGAUAGUGGCAGCUUGGCCACCAAUACUGCACAAGUGUCCUACUUGGUCACUAGCCACCGCCUGUGGGCCAGCAGCAGUGGCCGCCACAUCCUGGGCCUGGCUGAGGACUAUGAUGCCCUCUGUAAACAGAUCAGCCAGGGCCACAAGCUCCUUGCAGAAAUGGACCUUCAAACCCGAGAGGCCCUGAGCCCCACAUGUGGAGAGCCGGGGACAAAGGGUCCACACCUGGUGCCCCUGAGCAAGUUUGUCUUCAGCGUGAGUGCAGCCAAGCUGGUCCUGGAAGAGGCCUCAAGGCUGCUGCAGCUCCUCUGGAGAGUCUCACUGCCCCCAAAUGGCCAGUGUUCCCUUCACUGUGAGCAGAUUGGUGAAAUGAAGUCAGAGAUCACCAAACUUUACAAAACGUUGUUUGAACAAGAAAAGAAGCUGCAGAACAGUGUGAAGCUUUUACAGCAGAGCAAGCACCAGGAAAAAGUCAUCUUUGAUCAGUUGGCCGUCACCCACAAAGUCCUUCGGAAGGCCAGAGGAAACCUGGAGCUCAGGCCUGGAGGCGCCCAUCCAGGAACGUCCAGUCCCAGCAGAUCAGGCUUCUGAGGAGAACUUUCAGCCAAUAAAGCUUGUGCCUGAGAUCA